CUGAUAUAUAAUAUAAUAGUGUUGUAACCAACACACAACAAAACCCGACCAAAUACAAUCAUAAAAAUCACAACUCAUUCAAUUCAAGUUCAACACACCAUCAUCACCCACAUGGGUAGAAGUAGCACCAAUUGGAUUUGGUGGAUUUUAUGUGUGAUUCACACACUUCCACUAUUCAUCAAAACAAUCCAUGGCUUAACCCCACAAUCUCCAAUUCAAUGUAACCAAACAAUUUGUACCCUUCAAAAUUCCUAUGGCACAUGGAAUGACCGUAAAAUUUGCUAUGCUCUAAAUGUAACAUACCCAACAAACGAAGAAGAACUUCGUUUAGCUGUUUCCUAUGUUGUUCAAAACAACCUUAAAGCCAAAGUUGUCACAAAAUUCUCACACACAAUUCCAAAGCUCUCAUGUCCACUACAACAACAAAAUAUUAUUAAUAAUAAUAAUAAUGUAAAUUCUGCUUUUCUUAUAAGCACUGAAAAGUAUAAUUCAGGAAUUGAAAUUGAUGCUAAAAAUUUGUUUGUUACGGUUGAUUCGGGUGUUGGGCUUCGUCCAUUGAUUGAUGAAGUUGAAAAAAAUGGGUUUAGUUUGGGGGGUGUACCUUAUUGGGAAGGUGUUAGUGUUGGGGGUGUAAUUAGCACUGGAGCACAUGGUAGUUCUUGGUGGGGUAAAGGUGGUGCUUUUCAUGAUCAUGUUUUGGGUAUUAAUCUUGUUGUGCCUGCUUCUAAAUCUGAAGGGUAUGCUAAGGUUUUGAGGUUGGAACCAAAUGAUCCUCUUUUGAAAGCUGCCAAAGUUUCUCUAGGAGUCUUGGGUGCCAUCUCCAAGGUAAAGUUAUCAAUUGAGCCUAGGUUCAAAAGAAGCAUAACAUACAAUUUCACAGAUGAUACAGAUAUUGAAAAUAUAUACAUAGAUCAUGCAAAGAAGUAUGAGUUUGCAGACAUAACUUGGUAUCCAUCAAGAAAUACAGCUGUUUACAGAUAUGAUUUUAGGGUUCCCUUAAAUACAUCUGGUGAUGGACAUUUUGAUUUCAUUGGAUUUCAAGCCAAUCCCAUCUUCAUCUCUGAGUCCGUUAGAGGGGCAGAGAAAUUGCUGGAAAACAUGAGAAGCACAAAAGGAAAAUGCUUAACAGCAGCUACUACCUUGGGAUUCAAGAAAUUAACAGCCAAUGGUUUAAAGAACAAUGGCCUAAUUUUCACUGGCUACCCUGUAAUUGGUUACCAAGGAAAAAUGCAAACUUCAGGUUCAUGUUUAUAUUCAACAAAAUCAGAUACAUCAUGUGCUUGGGAUCCAAGAAUCAAAGGAUUGUUCUUCUAUGAAUCAACAGCUAUUUUCCCUGCCUCAAAAUUUAAAGACUUUAUCAUUGAUGUCAAAAAAUUAAGAGACAUAGAUCCACAAAAGUUUUGUGGCAUAGACAUUUACAAUGGAAUUUUGAUACGUUACAUUAAAGCCUCAGAUGCAUACUUAGGACAAAUUGAAGACUCUAUAGUAAUUGAUUUCAAUUAUUAUCGUGCAAAUGACCCUUUUACCCCUAGAUUAAACCAAGAUGUGUGGGAGGAAUUGGAGCAACUUGCAUUUUUCAAAUAUGGUGCUAAACCACAUUGGGCUAAGAAUAGGAACUUAGCAUUUUUGGGGGUGCAAAAAAAGUAUCCUAAGUUUAAUCUUUUUAUUGAAGCCAAAAAUAAAUUGGACCCACAAAGUGUGUUCUCUGGUGAUUGGUCAGAUGAGAUUUUGUAUGGAAAGGAUUCAAUAAAAUAUGAUGGGUGUGCUUUGGAAGGACAGUGUAUUUGUUCUGAAGAUAGACAUUGCAGUCCACAAAAAGGGUAUUAUUGUAAAAAUGGUCUUGUCUACAAUGAAGCUAGGGUUUGUAGGUAUUCAUCAACCUCUGCGUCUUUGGAUUCACUCCAAUGAGGUAAUAAUGUAGUUGAUUUGUUUCAAACAGUUGAAUAAAAAUUUGAUACACAAAUUUUGAAAUAUUCCAUUUUUAUA